AUGGAUUUGCAAUCGCCAUCGGUUUUGGCGCAAUUGCCGCGCCCCCUUCAUGCGUCCACGGGCAAAACUCGCAUCAGCGAUGUCUUCAGUCUGGCCGACGCCAAAAAGCGCAAGCGCUAUGAAGUCGCGGUUGCAGUGGAUGGUGAAGCUGUCAACAUCUACAAUGUGCAAACACCCAAGCUUGUGACCUCGUACGCAGUCCCUCCGCAGUCUACUUUCUCUUGCACACCCUGCUCUAUUCGCCGCAAGCUGCCCAAGAAGUCCUCCGUCAAGCGACAGACAUAUACCGCGGCGACACGUCCGGAACGCCAGAUCAAGUGCUUUGUUGAAGAAAUUGGCAGUGGCUCCACUGCGCCGGUGAUCUCUUCCUCCGCCGCCACUAUCACCGACUCAAGCAGCCCUACAAACUUUGUUGGCAUUGUGCCCUACACUGUCGAAGACGAUAACGAGACCGACCCCUUCGACAUUCUCGCCGUUCACGAGGACGGUCGUGUGCGCCGACUUUCGUCCGAUCUGAAAAGUCAGCGUUGGAGUAUCCAGCACAGCGAAAUCUCCAAGAUCUGCUCCACCACGCAUGCCGUUCACUCAUGCUUUCUAGUCGAUCUUGAGGAUGCUAAAAAGGCUUUGUUCAAGCGGAGACUAGAUUUGGCCGCUCUGGCUCUAGGAGACUCCACGGCUUCUGGAACCGACGAACCGUCCAUUUUGCUCAUUGUGUCCCACCCCAAGGAUGCUUACCAGAUUGCAUUGAAGGACGUUACUGUUCAGAUGUUCUCUGUCCCUGCUAGCGCGAAAUCAGGAGGCCACGAAGAGAGUCAACGUCUUCGACACCUUCAGACAAUUCAAGUCCCUGCCCCGUCCGGCCUCGACAAAGUCAAUAGUGAUGGCCUCCAAUGGACCUUCCACUCGGGCUCAGCAGGCCUUCAGUUGUCGUUCUCGAAGGGAUUUUUGAACGUUGAUCUCUCGCAAUACUCACCCUCUGUGACCUCUCAGUUCGUUCUCGAUGAGCGCUUCUCCUCCGUCAUGCGCAUUUCACCACAAUGCGUCAUUGGCGCGAGUGACUCGUUGGUGGCAGUGUACGACACACAAUAUCAAUCUGUGCAGCGAAGCAUCGCCGCGGGUGAUGUCCUGUCUGGGGCCAGCACCAACGCGGAUGCCUCAAUGGUCUUCAUCAGCUACUUUGCAAAGCUCGGAAUCGCAGUCGCAACCAAGGGAAACACACUUAUCGCAUUCGAUUUGACGUCUCUUCACAGCCAUUCCGGACCUUCUCUGAAGCGAUCGCGCGAUGGUCUUCUCGUUGAUGCCAUUGGCCGCGGUAUCGGCUCGUCUGCUGCGCAGUGGAAUAUGGCAUCUAAGAAGCACCGUUCCGAGAACAUGACCUCUCUUCGACUCACCUCCCCCGAACAGGUGGAGAAAUGGAACCGGUUGACAAAGGAUGUGGACGAGGCGGCUAAGACUAGGAAUGCUGAGAAGUUUGACAAGGCGGUUCUCAGUUACUUCUGCUCAUCUGAUGCGCCUAAGACUCUUCCUAAUCGGGGACAAUAUGUUAACCCUGAGUCCACUCUUUUCCUGCUGUCGAAGAUGUUUGCAGUUGAGGACUCCGACAUUCAGGAUGGAGUCUCCGCUUCUUCUCCUUCUCAACUACGCCUUGUGCUCUGGCCUUCCGCCACUUGCGAUUGGCUCAUUGGCCUGGGUCAUUUGUCUCCUGAUAACGUCGAGAUCGCUCUUCGCCGGGCCUCUAAACCUCGCGUUCUUCAGCCUUUGGUCACCGGUUCUUUUGUCCAAUCUCUCAUUGAUGCCGAUUCCUCGCUCAAGAAGGUCAAUCAAGUCCUUGCAGGACCCUCUACCAUCUCCUCUGAUGAGCUGGCCUACGCGCUUAAGUACUUCCUGAAUCAGGCUCGCCUGCACUCCAGUGCUCUGGAGGAGACCGCUCGUGCCAUCACUAGCGGUGAGAUUGCUACGCCCACGCAGGAACUCACUCGCCAUCUCGGAGUUCAACCAGUUACUUUGAAAGAUAUCUUCACUGGCCUGAAUACGUCUAUUCAAAAGGUCCACUCACAGCCUACGUCCGCUAUCGUUCAGUCUCUGCGCUCGAACCUGUCGCGGACAGAGCUCAUUUCUUUGGUUCACCACCUCCGUCUUUCUCUUGCUACCGGUGGCUACACCUCGCGUUGCACCGAAAACCCCCCUACUCCUAUUACUCUUGACCAAAUUACUCCUUCCCUCUCUCUCAACACUAUUAUCGACCUCAUGACCGCUUCGGUGGAUGCGGUUGGCCCUUCCGGCUGGAUCUCCGCUCUACCUGCCAUGGACCUCAGCGAUGAUUCAGACUCGGCCAUCGCCGCCGCCAGUCGUGAAAUGGAGUUGAUUGCCGAUAUGAAGUCCGAAGUCUCCGCCGCCCUUGCCGGCGUGGAGGAGGCCACAUACCUCAAGGGUAUUCUCCUCGAGUACCUCCGCUUUGCUGACCAAGUGUCUACCCCGGCUGCUACCGCUGCAGAUGCCGUUGCCAAGAUCGAUGAUGAGACCUCGGCUUCCUCCAACCUUGUUCGUUAUGAGAAGCUCAACGGAGCUGACCUUGUCAUCUUCGGUCGCCCCGGUGAAGGAGAGGACGGAUACGAUGGCGAUGCCGGUGGCAAGAUGCUGCCUUUGUCGCUGAAGCCUGCCACAGCCGAUGUUUCGAAAACGAAGAUCAACAAGUCCACUGGCGAUACCAAGUCUCGUACCAGUCGUGAGAUCGGAUACCUCCGUCGCAAGGCGGUUGGCAAAUAUUCCUUCGAGAGGCUCCUUGUUUAA